AUGGCUAGAACUAAGCAAACAGCAAGAAAGUCUACUGGUGGUAAGGCACCAAGAAAGCAAUUGGCCUCCAAGGCUGCCAGAAAAUCUGCUCCAUCUACCGGUGGUGUCAAGAAGCCUCACAGAUAUAAGCCAGGUACCGUUGCUUUAAGAGAAAUUAGAAGAUUCCAAAAAUCUACUGAAUUGUUGAUCAGAAAAUUACCUUUCCAAAGAUUGGUCAGAGAAAUUGCUCAAGAUUUCAAGACCGACUUGAGAUUCCAAUCUUCUGCUAUCGGUGCUUUGCAAGAAUCCGUCGAAGCUUACUUAGUCUCUCUAUUCGAAGACACUAACUUGGCUGCUAUCCACGCCAAGCGUGUUACUAUCCAAAAGAAAGAUAUCAAGUUGGCUAGAAGAUUGAGAGGUGAAAGAUCAUAA